AUGUCUCUCCACACCCACUAUGCCGACUCCGAUGCGGACGAUGAAUACGAACGCAGCGUCAUUCCUUCUCCAGGCCUUCAACUCGACUCGGAAUCUUCCCCCACUGACUCCGUUAUUGAUUCCGCGGAACACACUCCCACCAGAUUUGGAUACUCGAUGGACGCUCUCCGUUCUCCGUCAAGACUCAUCACAGAAUGGGAAAUCGAUGAAUGCAAAGAAUUUUUGACCUCGCUUGGGUUGCUGCAAUACCACGGCACAUUUAGAGAAAACGGGAUUGUCGGCGAAGCGCUCGUUGCCUUGAAGCACGAGGAGUUGAAAGAAAUGGGAAUUAACAGUGUCGGCCAUCGAUUGACCAUUUUGAAAAGUGUAUAUGAGAUCAAAGUCAAGCAAGAUGUUCCCUUGGACCCGGACCAUUAUAUUCCACUUUCGGCGGAUCAAGGUGUCAAUGAGACGGCAACACAAGAGGACCUCGCUCGUUUAAUCAAAUCGAUUCAAAUUCGAGAUGAAAAGAUCAUGCUGGUUGAAACGGAUAAAAGACCGAUCACAUCCGCUACCUCCCCCUCUUCAGGGGGUCAGCCAGAGAACUGGCACGACAGCACAUCCACUAUCACGCCCUCUACUCCAUUUUCUUUCAACACCAACAACGAUAACCCUACGUCUAAGAUUGCGAGGGCCUUCUCGAAGCGCAUGCACUCUAGUGGCACUACAUCCAAAAACAACUCACCAACGCAAAUUCCACCUAUGAUCCAUGAAGGGAGAUCCCACCACGAUAUACUGAACCCAUCAGCCGCUGCUUUAGCUGCCUCAUCCCAUCCAACAUCCUCCAUGAGCGGAGGAGCACAGAUAUCACCCGGAAUUCCCUCACCAACUUCGCCACACACCCACCACGCCCAUCCUCAGACUCUCAACCCACGAUCCUAUUCCCAACCAAGCUCUGGCGGAAACCGCAACACGUCCUAUGAUUACCCCGAACAACCUCAUUCCGGAAACAGACUUACUCCGAGCCAGCUUCCAUCAUCCCGUGCGGAAACCCCGUCUUCCGCGUCACGUCUCGACCCACGUAAUGACCCACGUGCUGAAUCGAGGGCCGAGUCGAGGACCGGCGGCAGCAGUGAAAAUCCAAGUAGUGUGGAAAUCUUCAAGUCUUUCCGGGUAUCUUGGGAAGACCCUUGCUACAAGGUUCUGCCGGCUGCGCUCAAGAAAUACAACAUCAACUCCGACUGGAAGAACUACGCAUUGUACAUCGUCUAUGGUGAUCAAGAGCGCUGUCUAGAAUUACAGGAAAAGCCCCUUCUCCUGUUCAAACAGUUGGAAAAGGAGGGCCGAAAACCAAUGUUCAUGUUGCGCAAGAUUCAUACGGAUCCUCCAGGACCUGGUCAGUCAACACCCAAUAGUGCUGGCUUCGAAGGUGGCCGACCAGGGCAAAUAAAUUUGCCUGGUGGUGUGCUGUGA